AUGGCGUACAAGGUCGAUCACGAAUAUGAUUACCUCUUCAAGAUUGUGUUGAUUGGAGAUUCGGGUGUCGGAAAGUCCAACAUUCUUUCGAGGUUUACGAGGAAUGAGUUUUGUUUGGAGUCCAAGUCCACCAUCGGAGUUGAAUUUGCAACCAGGACAUUACAGGUAGAGGGUAAGACAGUGAAAGCACAAAUAUGGGAUACAGCAGGUCAAGAGAGGUACCGAGCGAUAACCAGUGCUUACUACAGAGGCGCUGUUGGUGCUCUAUUGGUCUAUGACAUAACCAAAAGACAAACAUUUGACAAUGUCACAAGAUGGCUACGCGAACUCAGAGACCAUGCAGACUCAAAUAUUGUCAUUAUGAUGGCUGGUAACAAAUCUGAUCUCAAUCACCUGAGAGCUGUCCCAGGAGAAGAUGCUCAACUCUUGGCUGAGAAGGAAGGUCUCUCGUUCUUAGAAACUUCAGCACUGGAGGCCCAUAAUGUUGAAAAUGCAUUCCAGACUAUUUUGUUGGAUAUAUACCACAUUAUAAGCAAGAAGGCACUGGCAGCACAGGAGGCAGCUUCAACUACUGGAAUUCCUCAAGGAACUACCAUUAAUGUUGCAAAUAUGUCGGGUGACGUGAACAAGAAAACUUGUUGCUCUAACUAA